AUGUGUCCAGAAGGGCAUGGAUUCACUACUAUAGCCUUGGCUGGAUCUACGUCUAGAAACUGCAUUAAGUGCCCAUUAAACACAUUUCAACCAAUAGAUGGAACUCAAGCCUCUUGCAUAAAGUGCCCAGAAAACACAUAUACUCUGAAAGAAGGGUCGACUUCAUUGCUUCACUGUAUACCACUACCAGGAUAUUUCAAUCUUUUUGAUGAUUACAAGAUUAUGGCCCAAAACAUCGAGUCGAAUUACAAUUUUUACAAUGAGAUUAUUCUACAGUCCUUUAAAGUACACUGUUACAAGAGCGUAGAACUUAUCUCACCAUCCGUUAUGAUAUUGAGAGAAAGUCUUGAAUCUUGCGUAGAACUGUGUAAACUUAACCCUUAUUGCAAGUAUGCUCACUACUAUAGGUUCACACAGUUCGCAGGAUCAAGUGAACGCCCAAAAGAAAAUUUUUGUUCCUUAUAUACAACUUUCGGUCAUAUAAUACCUAAAAUAAUUAAAGACAACCCCGUCACCAUUAGGGAUGACAACCAUGGACCAGUUAUAUGUGAGAUUAUAAGGGAUUACGUAUACCCAACCUUUCUUCUUUGUCCCAGAAACUAUUACUGCCCUGGCGGUCUCGACGCACCCAAGAUCAAGUGUCCUUUAAACUCUGUAACACUAUUUGAGGGGUCAUCGAGACCCGAUGAUUGUCUAUGUCUACCAGGAUAUUACCCAUACGAUAACGUUUGCGUCCCGUGCAAGAAGGGAAGUUAUAAGCCAACACUAUCAAAUGAACUCUGUACAAAAUGCCCUUCAAAUACAACAACUCCAAUGGAAGGUUCAUUUUUCAUUAAUCAAUGUACCUGUAUAAAGAACAAAUAUGCAGCAUCGUUCCCGCAACUAAAAAGUAAUACACCAACAAAUAGGCUCAUACACUCAAAUAUCGUUGAUGUACAUGAGCACGACGCGAAGGAUAUUAAUGAAAAACCUUUGGAUAUUGAUUGGUUAUUUAGUGAAAAUGUAAAGGAUUUAGUUAACACCAAGUUAAAUUUUUAUUGCUCAAUAUGCCUUUAUGGAUAUUUCUGUAAGGGAAUGUGGAUGUUUCCAAAGGUCCACAUGCCACCAGUUCCAUGUUUUGCUGGAUCCUCGGUCCCGUUUUCUCCUGAUAAUGAAUCCACAACCUCAUGUAUGUGUAACCCAGGAUAUGGAAUAAAACCAUUAGGAAGUGAUUUGGACUCAGGAUUUGGAUUAGAAUGUGAAAAAUGUUUACCUGGAACUUUCAAAUCAUCACAUCAAAACGAACCUUGCCAUGAAGCAUGUCCAAUGUAUUCCUCAUCACUGCCCGGAUCUCAAAGUAAAGAAGAUUGUUUUUGCAUACCAGGAUUUUAUUAUGAUUUUGAAAAUGGUAAGUUUCAGUGUAAAAAAUGCCCAUAUGGUUCUAUUUGUUACGGUGGUAUGCAAAAUGGUAUCCACACCAAACCCAUUCCAAAAAGUGGAUAUGCAAUAGUAGAUAUAAACUAUAUUAGAUAUGAAUCCUCUAGCUCCUUGCUUCAAAUUUCAUCUCAAAAUAAUACUUCUCUAGUCAGAAGUGAUACAACCAGAUUAACAUAUCCUUGUGUUACUCCAGCUCGCUGUGUAUCAGGAGGAAAGUGUUCGGAAGGCUCCUCCGGACUCCUUUGCACAGAGUGCGAUCUAGGUUAUGAUCUUUAUCAUUUUAAUUCCAAGUGCAAAAAAUGUUCAGGCACUAUAAAGGAGCUGAUUAAAAUUAUUAUCCCUAGAAUUACCUUGUAUACCAUAAUAAUUUUACUCUGCCUUUAUAACAAACGAGCCAACAGUACCUCUGAGUUAUCCUUGGUAACCAUUUUCAAAAUUCUAUACAGCUAUACAAUAUCACUUGUCCCCUUAGGAAUCAUCCCUUCAAACUCGCCUUCUACCAUUAGAAAAUUUUAUAGCUUUUAUGAAAAAUUCUUUUACCAUCCAAUAAACUUCUAUGCACAUGUAGAUCGAAUCAAUUGCUUCAGAAACCUGUCAGUAUAUAUAGAAUAUAUUUUAAAUCACUUUGGUUUUGCGAAAAAAGUCCCAAAACUGAGUGAAUUGAACUAUAUAGAAAUUUGGUACCUGCAAAGGUACUUUGGAAUAUUUAAGCUUAUAUUUGACAUUAUAUUUAUUUUCAUACUCGAUUUCGUUUUUUACAUACUAAAUAUAACAUUCUCUAUAUUUAAAAGGUCGCUCAAAAGGCGGCUUAAAAUGCUUAGAAUAAAAAUUGGCCCGAGUGAUGUUUCUCUAUCAAGAUUUCAUGAUGAGAAAGAAAUAAAAUUUGAGAAACCGUCUGGAAUACUGUUUCAACACAUAAUGGUCUUGAUAUGUUUACAUUUACCGUCUUUAGCUUUAAAUUCACUUUCUAUUAUAUGGUAUACAAAAUUCCCACUAAGAGAAGGUUAUGUGCUACUGCACAUGCCAAAUCAAAUAUGUACGUUUGCAAAUAGAAACUUUUUGUUUGGCUCUAUAGUUAGUGCAUCGUCAUUAGGCUUUAUUUUUAUAUUACUUAUAUUUUUGUUCAUUAAAUUCAAGAAUUGUGAGUACACCCAGGGAUGGGGAAAUAUAUUUAUUACUGGUUACAGAAAAAAACACAGAAACUGGGAUGUUAUUCAAUUGUCAAGACAUAUCCUAAUCAUUUUCCUUAUAGUAUGUAGGCAUUCAAUAGACUCUAAUAAAUCUGAAAUUAACAGAAUUUUGUUUUACCUAAUAAUUCACUUUGUCUACCUUGAACUAAUAUUCGUAUUUAAGCCAUAUGACUCGAGAUCGGACUUCGUAUUUUAUAAUUUAGAAAAAUAUUUGAUGGCUUCAAACAUUUUUUCAUCUACGUUAAUGUACGGAUCAUAUUUUUACAAUUUUUCAAUUGUUACGGGACUGCCGUUUAUAGCUUCAGCGUUGUCAUAUUUGUUAAUUUUCUUAACUCUAUUGAGGGAGUUUAUAACAGUUUGUUGUGUUAUAUCGAGACCCAAAGAAUAUUUUUGGAGAAAUUUCACAUUGUCUUUUUUAUCAUUUUUUAAACAUAACCACUCAUUACUCUACUUCAAUCCGGAUGAUGACACCAUGGUAUUUGAAGCUUACAACGUUUCUAAAAAGAAACGAAUAAAUUCAAUAAUUGACUCUACAUCUACUUACCGUGACAAAACCUUUUUAAUUCCAUGCUUAACAGAGGUUUUAAAGCUUUGCAAAUCACACAAAAACAUAAAUAGAUUGUCUCCGACCAUUUUCUACUUCUACAUCAGGCUUAUAAUCUGGAUUUCCAGAUGUAUGAAGAUUGAUAUUUUCUCUAAAAACAUUACAAAAGAUGAGAUAAUUGAGUAUGUGCUGUAUUUAUACCUUUUCAAUAAGAAAUACAAGGGUCUUGCCAAGUUGUUUUUGUUAAAUUACCCGUUCAACACAAUAAAAUCCCAUGUGACUUACUCUCAUCGAUCAGAACCCUGUGAUGAAACAUGCGAAGAAUUACAAUAUAAAACUUUAGAUUAUUGUUUUGACCACAUUUCAGCAACUUUGCUUGUGGAUGUAUUAUUUGAACAAUUCUACGAUGACGGACCAGUAACGCUCUCCCAAUUUUAUUAUUCCUUGAUAACACUCAGACGUAUAGACAAAUCUGAGUUAGUAAGAAUCUAUGAAAUUUAUGUUGAAUAUCUUGAUUUUAUUAGAACUUUCAGCACACGAAUAAAGAAAACCAAGGUUAAAUUAAUACAAAGUGAAAUAGAUAAACUUGUAGAGGGUGUAGAACAUGAGGGGGUUUACGGAGCCAAAAUGUCAGAAAAACACAAAAGAACAGCUGAGCUUGAGAGUCUGAAGAAAGAUGUCCAAGAACUUAAAGAGUCUGAAGAAGAAGAAAAGAAUCAAAUGAACUCACUAGUAACUAGAUUUUCAAGAGUCUCAGCCCUGAAAGCCGGGGUCGAAAAAGUUUUAUCAGAAAAUUUGACCAAUGAUGAAAUACUAGAUUCGAUAUCAAAAUUGCAAAGGAAAUCAGCAGCCAAGAGACGAUCAGGUGUAGUUUCUAACAAGAAUAAAGUCGACUCUAUUUUUAAAUUACAAGUGACAUGA